AUGGAGACUAUGAUAAAAGGCAAUCUAUCAGACUGGAUGAAAACCCAAAUGAAAAGUUCAUUUUCAGAUGAAUUAGACUGUAUCACAAACACAACUGAUGAGGAAAAUGAAGACUUACCUUAUGAUGGAGACCUAGGAAUAACCUGUCAACAUAGCAAUUAUUCAGAUAAUUUGAGUGACUGUACCUGUAUAAAACAUAUUUCUGAUAUUUUUUUAAACAUUUCCUGUUCUGAAGAUAACAAAAAUAUAAAAGCAGCAACAAGUUAUGAAACUCAUCCACGGCCUGAAGAGGUUUUCAAUUACCAUACACUUGCCACAGAAACAACUGGAAUUUCAGUUGAAAUGCCUGGCAGUGAAGCUGCUCUUCAGAAGGAAUUACCUGUUGGUGGUUUUAGCAGACUCAGCAGAAAGGAACAUCUCACUGACUCAAAAAUGUCUGAUGUCCUUUUGCGUCAUUUUUCUAAGGGAGAGUUAAUAACCACAUGCCAGUUAAUUGAAUGUGAGACUAUACCAGAAAUAUCCUUUAGUGAAAGUAUUGAUGAAACUGUGAAUAAACUUGAGACUUCAGAACUUGCUAAAAGGCCUUUAUCUCAUGAACAACAGACAACUAACUUUGCAGAGUAUCGCUUAGAAAAGCACAAGGAAAUAAACACUGGUGAGAAAGAUCAAACUUUGCUAAAUGAAAAUACGCUUGUUUCAAAGAGAUAUAUUUCCACUGCUUCUGAGUGUGGGUACAUACAAGAAAGUCCACCACUAAUUAGUAAGAAUGAAGAUACAUGCAUCUUUCAAAACACUAAAAAAGAACAACAAAAAGAUCCAUUUAAGGGAAUGGGUUUAUCUCAUGAGCUCAAAUUUGGCCAAGGUCAAGUUCGUUAUUGCCUUCCUGAUUUCUCUAAAAUUUCUCCAGACAUUGAAGUACCAAAAAGAAAUGACAAUAAUAAAUCAGUUCCUAUCAGUGAAAGGACAAAAACCUUUCCUAUUUUACCAAGUAAAUCAGUAAUUUUGAAUGACAUUGUAGAAAACAUUAACUAUUUUGAUUCUGUUGAAGUAGAGAAUCAAGAAGAAAUGAGUGUUCCAGAACUGUUGCAACAGCUAGAGAUGCUGACACAGCAUGCUGAUGCUCAGAAUCAUACUGAUCAUUUGAGAUUUAAUCCUAAGAUACUUCCUCAGUCAUAUUUUGCAAAUGCAGGUUCUGCCAUUUACUCAGGAAGCACCGAGAUACCCUCUGAGGUCUUUGCAUUACACCCUCCUAUUCCUAUACAACCUAUGCUUAGUUGUUCUGAAGCAGGAUUACAGUGUGGGGCAGCAGUAUCAACAUUACCAUCAGCUGGUACAGUAGAAGCACACUGCCUAAAUCCUUCCAGUUUACUGCCAGAACUAACCCAAGGAAAAAAAAUGACUCAAAUACUAAAGGAACAAACGGACCAACUGAAAAUGAGAGUAGAAGACUUCUCUAAACAUAUGACCCAAGAGACAUUCCUUUUACAAGACAAAUAUCUGGUGUUAAAUCAAUUGAAAAGAUGCCUUGAUGCCCUGGAGCAGAAUUACUUAACAGCUAGAGAGCAGCACCGUAAUUUACAACUGCAGAACUACAAGGACAAGUCUAUCAAUGUUGGAAAGUUUGAUCCUGAAAGAAAGGUGGAAGGGGAAAUAUUUAGACUUGGCAUGAUGCUUGAAGACAUCCGUGAACAGACUGGUGACAGCAAAUGCAGCUUUUCUCCUUUGCUUACUCCUUAUGAAUCUGCCCAUUCGUCCUAUUCUCUUUGUGAGAGCUCAGGAAAUUCAGGCAUUACUGAUCCUGCAAAAAGAACAGCUACUGAAACUGCAUUUCUUCACAAGAACAACAAGGUGGAAAAUACGAGUCAUACAGUUGAUGUGAUCCCACACACAGAUCAUGAACCUUUUUUAGAAGGUGACAAGUGCAAUCCUUACCCACAUGUCCAAUUGAAAUUACAGAAGAGAGCUGAAUCAACUUUCAAAAGAGAAAUGGAGCCUCUGAUAAAAGGAGGUCUACUAGCCAGUAAUCAUUCUCCAAAUAUAAUGGUGCAACAGAGAUUUCCUUCACCUAAGAAAAUACAUGGUGCUGAAGGUCUUGGAUCCCCCAGUCAGAGUAAAUUAAGUAAAAAAUGUAAUGCAGAUGAAAAAAAUAUGGAAAAUAGUGAAAGCAUCCAGGAAAGGAAAACUGGGAGAUGUUCUCAUGCUCAAAGUAAUGAAAGCAUCCAGGAAAGGAAAACUGGGAGAUGUUCAAUCUUCAUUCCAGGAAGACCAACCGAUUUAUCAGAUACUAACCUGAGCAGUGAUUCAGAAGACAUCUCAGCAUGUGAUUCUUACAAUGAUUCACAAAGUGAGGAAUUUCUGAACUAUGAGACUGAAAAUUACAAGACAUUCAAUACAAGAUCACAAGAAGAGAGAAAAGGAAUUAAAGACAGAUGCACUAGAGGAAGCAGAGAUCAACUUAAACUCAGGAAUUGUAAAGAGUUUGCUCAGUCUUGUGCCCUAUGUAGAAAUAAAAUUUCCAGUUUAACUUUAAGCAUGGCUUCAACAUUUUCAGAUUAUUCACAGAAGAGAAUCUCCACUCAAAAGGCUUACAGAAAUAAACCACCACACCAACUUGUAAAUAGAUGUUCUCAAAGGCAAAACAUGGAGACUGCCAAAACCUGCUAUUCAAGCAUGUAUGAUACAGUUAUCCUUUCACCUCAGUACCUACCCAGAAAGACGACUCCUGGAAGCAAAUCAGCAGUAAACAUCAGGAACAAAAAUAUUUUAAGUUCUGCUCUGGAUCAUGCUAUACAGACAGCAAACAGUUUGAAGAAAACUACAGAACGAAUGGUACAAGCAGUUUCAGAAGAUCUAGCUAAAGUUAGAAGCAAACAGCUUUAAUUACCCAGCUUGAAAUACUGUAUACUUGUAAAUGAGCAAACAAAGUAUCUCUACAAAUAUAGA